AUGGCUGUGAAAACGGACAUGAGCAAGGCCUAUGAUAGGAUCGAGUGGACCUUCUUGGAAGUUGUACUGUGGAGAUUGGGCUUCCAUGACCGCUGGAUCUCGUGGAUUAUGGUCUGCGUGACCUCGGUGUCCUACUCUUUCUUGAUUAAUGGCGCUCCACAAGGCAAAGUGAAACCGGCUCGAGGAAUACGGCAAGGAGACCCUUUGUCGCCUUACCUCUUUAUACUGUGUACAGAGGUCUUGUCGGGAUUAUGCAGUAAAGCGCAAGCCUCUGGAGACCUACCGGGAAUCAAAGUGGCCCGCAAUUGCCCUCCGAUCAAUCAUUUGCUCUUCGCCGAUGACACCAUGUUCUUCACCAGAUCCGAUGAAGCGAGCUGUACCAACCUUCUCGCGCUUCUAGCAAGAUACGAGCGAGCAUCGGGACAGUGCAUCAGCCCAAGCAAGUUGGCCAUAACCUUCUCGUCUAAGACUCCGGCUUCUGCUAAAAUCAGAGUCAAACGUUCACUGGCUAUCAACAAAGAAGGUGGCAUAGGGAAGUAUCUAGGACUGCCCGAGCACUUCGGAAGACGUAAACGAGAUAUCUUCAAUAGCAUCAUCGACCGCAUCCGACAGAAGCUUGAAGGCCCAUGUCCUUCAGCUGCCUCUCACAGGUGGAGGGGUAUCAUCUGGGGUGUAGAACUACUUAACUUGGGCUUGGGAUGGAGUGUGGGGAACGGCUCGCAGAUCAGAGUAUGGGCUGACCCGUGGGUAUAUUUAUCAACUCCAUUAACUCCCAUAGGGCCUCCUCCCUCUAGGGAGAGCCAAGAGCUGCAUGUCUCGGACAUUAUCCUCCCUGAGUCAAAUGAGUGGAACUUCAGUGCUAUUAGAUCUUACUCGUCCAAGUCAGGCUACGCUAUGGCUCGAAAAGCUCAGUUAAACCAUGUUACGGAUCAGUUUCCCUGGGGCAAAUGCAUCUGGAACUUACACACCUCUUCUAAGAUCCAAACCUUCCUAUGGAGAGCGACGAAUGGAGCACUUCCAACGGGACACACCUUGCGUGUUAGAGGACUCCAAACGGAAUCGAAAUGCAAGCGAUGCGGAGAGGUCGAAACACCUUUGCACCUCUUCCUCACCUGCUCUUUUGCUGCCCGUGUUUGGGAUCUUGUUCCGACUAUGCACAAGCCAAAUGCAGGAACUAUUGUAUCAAUGAGAGAGUUGCUGGUCCAAAACACUAGAAUGAUCAACCUCCCACCCUCUGGGCUGGGCCGCUCUCCACUCUAUCCCUGGCUCUACUGGCAUCUAUGGAAGAACCGAAACAGACUAGUCUUUGAAGGCAAGUCGUGUACUGAAACGGAACUGGUCACUAAAGCAUUGAAAGAUGCGCGAAGCUGGGAAGAGGCCUCUCAAUCUGACAACACCUCCGGACAGGGCUGGACAUUUGUUGAUCCCUCUGGUGUCAAGGUCCAUCACCACUCUACUAACCGCCUUCAUGUCGCUGCGCCCAUUGUUGCGGAAGCGCUUGCGGUAAAGGCUGCCCUUAUGGAUGCAGUCACUAAUGAUUUCUCUCAGGUGAAUGUUUUCUCUGAUUUGAAGUCUCUCGUCAACCUCCUCAACUCUUCUUCGUCGACAGUUCUACUCCAGAGUGUUUUGCUCGAUAUCCGAGUUUUGAGCUGUAGGUUUGAUUAUAUCUCGUUUUCGUAUGUUCCUCGUUUGAACAAUGUUGUAGCAGAUUCCUUGGCAAAGGUUGCUCUAAGUCUAUCUGUAAUCCCUCCCGUUAGGGAGUAA